AUGCCAGGCUUGGCUAUCCUGGUCCUCAGCCUGGCUGCUUUCCUGGAGCUUGGGAUGGGGGCCUCUUUGUGUCUGUCACGGCAAUUCAAGGCACAAGGGGACUACAUACUAGGUGGACUAUUUCCCCUGGGCUCAACUGAGGAGGCCACUCUGAACCAGAGAACACAACCCAAUGGCAUCCUGUGUAACAGGUUCUCACACCUUGGUUUGUUCCUGGCCAUGGCUAUGAAGAUGGCUGUGGAAGAGAUCAACAACGGAUCUGCCUUGCUCCCUGGGCUGCAACUGGGCUAUGAUCUGUUUGACACAUGCUCAGAGCCAGUGGUCACCAUGAAGCCCAGUCUCAUGUUCAUGGCCAAGGUGGGCAGUCAAAGCAUUGCUGCCUACUGCAACUACACACAGUACCAACCCCGUGUGCUGGCUGUCAUUGGUCCCCACUCAUCAGAGCUUGCCCUUAUCACAGGCAAGUUCUUCAGCUUCUUCCUUAUGCCACAGGUCAGCUAUAGCGCCAGCAUGGAUCGGUUAAGUGACCGGGAAACAUUUCCAUCCUUCUUCCGCACAGUGCCCAGUGACCGGGUGCAGCUGCAGGCGGUUGUGACUCUGCUACAGAAUUUCAGCUGGAACUGGGUGGCUGCCCUAGGUAGUGAUGAUGACUAUGGCCGGGAAGGUCUGAGCAUCUUUUCUGGUCUAGCCAAUGCACGCGGUAUCUGCAUCGCACAUGAAGGCCUGGUGCCACAACAUGACAUUAGUGGCCAACAGUUGAACAAGGUGUUGGAUCUGCUACGCCAAGUGAACCAAAGUAAUGUACAAGUGGUGGUGCUGUUUGCCUCUGCCCAUGCUGUCUCCUCCCUUUUUAGCUACAGCAUCCGUCAUGGCCUCUCACCCAAAGUAUGGGUGGCCAGUGAGUCCUGGCUGACUUCUGACCUGGUCAUGACACUUCCCAAUAUUGCCCGUGUGGGCACUGUGCUUGGGUUUCUGCAGCGGGGUGCCCCACUGCCUGAAUUUCCCCACUAUGUGGAGACUCGCCUUGCCCUGGCUGCUGACCCAACAUUCUGUGCCUCACUGAAUGCCGAGCUGGAUCUGGAGGAGCAUGUGAUGGGGCAACGCUGUCCACAAUGUGACUACAUCGUGCUGCAAAACCUAUCAUCUGGGCUGUCACAGAAUCUAUCAGCUGGGCAGUUGCACCACCAAAUAUUUGCAACUUAUGCAGCUGUGUACAGUGUGGCUCAGGCCCUUCACAACACCCUACAGUGCAAUGUCUCACAUUGCCACACAUCAGAGCAUGUUCAACCCUGGCAGCUCCUGGACAACAUGUACAAUAUGAGUUUCCAUGCUCGAGACUUGACACUGCAGUUUGAUGCUAACGGGAAUGUAGACAUGGAAUAUGACCUGAAGAUGUGGGUGUGGCAGAGCCCUACACCUGUAUUACAUAAUGUAGGCACCUUCAAUGGCACCCUUCAGCUAGAGCACUCUAAAAUGUACUGGCCAGAUAACCAGGUGCCAGUCUCCCAGUGUUCCCGACAGUGCGAAGAUGGCCAGGUGCGCAGAGUAAAGGGCUUUCAUUCCUGCUGCUAUGACUGUGUGGACUGCAAGGCAGGCAGCUACCGGAAGCAUCCAGAUGACUUCACCUGUACUCCGUGUAACCAGGACCAGUGGUCCCCAGAGAAAAGCACAACCUGCUUACCUCGCAGGCCCAAGUUUCUGGCUUGGGGGGAGCCAACUGUGCUGUCAUUACUCCUGCUGCUUUGCCUGGUGCUGGGCCUAGCACUGGCUGCUCUGGGGCUCUUUGUCCACCACUGGGACAGCCCUCUUGUUCAGGCCUCAGGUGGGUCACUGUUCUGCUUUGGCGUGAUCUGCCUAGGUCUCUUCUGCUUCAGUGUCCUUCUGUUCCCAGGACGACCAAGCUCUGCCAGCUGCCUUGCACAACAACCAAUGGCUCACCUCCCUCUCACAGGCUGCCUGAGCACACUCUUCCUGCAAGCAGCCGAGAUCUUUGUGGAGUCUGAGCUGCCAAUGAACUGGGCAAACUGGCUAUGCAGCUACCUUCGGGGACCCUGGGCUUGGCUGGUGGUACUGUUGGCCACUUUUGUGGAGGCAGCACUAUGUGCCUGGUAUUUGAUAGCUUUUCCACCAGAGGUGGUGACAGAUUGGCGGGUGCUGCCCACAGAGGUACUGGAGCACUGCCGCAUGCGUUCCUGGGUCAGCCUGGGCUUGGUGCACAUCACCAAUGCAAUGUUAGCUUUCCUCUGCUUUCUGGGCACUUUCCUGGUACAGAGCCAGCCUAGUCGCUACAACCGUGCCCGUGGUCUCACCUUCGCCAUGCUAACUUAUUUCAUCACCUGGGUUUCUUUUGUGCCCCUGCUGGCCAAUGUGCAGGUGACCUACCAGCCAGCUGUGCAGAUGGGUGCUAUCCUAUUCUGUGCCCUGGGCAUCCUAGUCACCUUCCACCUGCCCAAGUGCUAUGUGCUUCUGUGGCUGCCAAAGCUCAACACCCAGGAGUUCUUCCUGGGAAGGAGCCCUAAGGGAGCAGCAGAUGGGAACAGUGGUAGAGGUGAGGCAACUCAAGAACACAACAAAUGACCCCUGACCAAUGACCUUACCUUUAGUGAACCCAGCCCUACCAGAGAUCUCCUAAGCCAACAAAUCCUAAAUAGUACCUCAACCUGAGACUUAAAACACUUAACUAUAGACUCAGACUCCACUGACCUUAG